AUGGAUGCUGAGAACGUCGCUGAUUGGCCAGCCUCUUUGUAUACUGACGCAUCAUACAUCCACUUCCCUUUUCCCGGAGCAAAGAUGGCGGAGUACGACCUCACCACUAAAAUAGCCCACUUUUUAGAUCGUCACCUCGUUUUCCCCCUCCUGGAGUUCCUGUCUGUGAAAGAGAUCUACAAUGAAGAGGAACUACUUCAUGGAAAACUGGACCUCCUCAGUGACACAAAUAUGGUGGACUUCGCCAUGGAUGUGUACAGAAGCCUUUUUUCUGACAAGGAAAUUCCCCAGACUCUCAGGGAGAAGAGGACUGAGGUUGUGGCCCAGCUUAAGCAGCUGCAGUCAGAGACGGAGCCCAUUGUGAAGAUGUUCGAGGACCCAGAGACAACAAGGCAGAUGCAGUCCACCAGAGACGGACGGAUGCUGUUUGACUACUUGGCUGAAAAGCACAACUUUCGACAGGAAUAUCUGGACACGCUCUACCGAUAUGCCAAGUUCCAGUACGAGUGUGGAAACUACUCGGGUGCUGCAGAAUACCUCUACUUCUUCCGCGUCCUGGUCCCGUCCACAGACAGGAAUGCCCUCAACUCUCUGUGGGGCAAACUGGCCUCUGAGAUCCUGAUGCAGAACUGGGAGGCAGCCAUGGAGGAUCUCACCCGCCUGAGAGAGACUAUUGAUAACAACUCUGUCAGCUCCCCUCUCCAGUCUCUCCAGCAGAGGACAUGGCUCAUUCACUGGUCUCUUUUUGUCUUCUUCAACCACCCCAAAGGCAGAGACAAUAUUAUCGAGCUCUUUUUGUAUCAGCCACAAUACCUCAACGCUAUCCAGACUAUGUGUCCCCACAUCUUGCGUUACCUAACCACUGCCGUCAUUACCAACAAGGACGUCCGUAAGCGCCGUCAAGUCCUGAAGGAUCUGGUGAAGGUCAUACAGCAGGAGUCCUACACAUACAAAGACCCCAUCACAGAGUUCGUGGAGUGCCUGUAUGUGAACUUUGACUUUGACAGCGCCCAGAAGAAACUCAGGGAGUGCGAGUCGGUUCUGGUGAAUGAUUUCUUCCUGGUGGCUUGUCUGGAGGACUUCAUCGAAAACGCCCGGCUCUUCAUCUUUGAGACGUUCUGCAGAAUUCACCAGUGCAUCAGUAUCGGCAUGCUGGCAGACAAGCUGAACAUGACUCCCGAGGAGGCUGAGAGAUGGAUCGUCAACCUCAUCCGCAACGCCAGGCUGGACGCCAAGAUCGACUCCAAACUGGGGCACGUCGUCAUGGGAAACAACGCCGUCUCUCCUUACCAGCAGGUGAUCGAGAAGACCAAGAGCCUCUCGUUCCGCAGCCAAAUGCUGGCCAUGAACAUCGAGAAGAAGCAGGCGCACAACACCAGAAAUGAGACACCCAGCUGGGCCGGCCAGGAAUCUGGAUUUUAGCUCCGCAGUGAAAGAUGGAGCCUUUUAUGGCGUGGCAUCUUUUCUUUUUCCUUUUUUCUUUCUUUUUUUUCCACACUUGUCCGUCAAGGAGCACGGAGCUGUUAUACACUUGGUUCGAGUCAUCACCAGUUCAAUAAAAGUGGCCAGCGAAACCAUUUUCACCCAUGAUUGCCUUAUUUCUGGACAUGGCAAACGGCGGUUGAGGUUGGAGUGGUCAGACUUUUUGUAUCGGUAAUACUUGAUGAAGUUUUAAUGUGCACAUUGAGUCACCGAGCGGGACAGCUCAGACGGCAGCGUGUGAUGCGGCCCCGCGAGCAGCACAGUAAUGAUGAAUGGCUGUUUAGUCUGUCGGUUUUAUGGUGUUUUAGUGGUUCCCUUCACCGUGGCAGGCAGCCUCGCCGAGUGGGACGUCGGCUGGAGGGGGCAAACAGAGGUGAUGUACAGUUACCCGUGGUCACACUCUCUGCCAGUCAUCCUGCCCAUCUGCGGACAUAAGGGAGCCAUAAAGAACCAUUAGCCAGGCGGACACAAUCUUUUUAAUGUCCCAUCCAGCCCCCGCUUUUCUCUGCUUUUAACCUUCUCAUAACUCAGAGCUCCCGCUCGCCCUCCCUCCCUCCUCCCACUGCGACUCGCUCACAACAGGCUGCCGUUUCCUUUCGUAUGCUUGUAAUUUUCUUCCUGUGUGUCAUUUAACAACUAAACAAGGUUGUUUUUAUUUUAAUAUAAUAUCCACCUGCUUUGCUAGAUUAAACCAAAGGUCUGGGAAGAGCAGGGCCCUGCAUCGCCUCCGUGUGCGUCCCGCCCACAGGACCGGCCUUCGGAGCAGAGGGCUGACUUUGUUCCGUCCGAAGGAGAAGCAGGACAGACCGAUAAUUGGUGCUUUCCCUCUUUUAUGUUUUUCCAUAAUGCGUCACAGACCUGCUCGGUUGAUAAACAGAAGUGCGCAGUGGACAAUAGAGGUGAAGUACAAGAAAACAUGCUUUUUUCAGCCGUUUUUCCAAGUAAAC